GCGCAUUCCGCUUCCUGCCGGUUGCCACGGCAACACCCAACGACAACACCACCCAGCUCAAACGUAGCGACGGUCCUGAAUCCUGCGAUAAAUCCACCACGCUGUGGCAAUAAAUCUCCAGGAGGAGGCAUUUUUCCAUCCGGGUGACAAUGAGUCAACGACAGAUAAUUCAAGUUUUUGAGCAGUUCCAGAAAUCAAGGAUGCAGUUUGUGCAAACUGUCGCUGAUCUGGCAGCCAGACCGCAAAACAUAGAGUUCCUCCAAAAUGCAGGUGUGAUGCCCAUGCUGCGUCCCCUCCUGCUGGAUGUGGUCCCCAGCAUCCAGCAGACGGCGGCGUUGGCUCUGGGCCGCCUGGCCGACCACAGCGAUGACCUGGCCCAAGCGGUGGUAAAAGAAGACAUCCUGCCCCAGCUGGUCCACUCUUUGACCUUUCAGAAUAGGUUCUACAAGAAGGCAGCGGCGUUUGUGCUGCGUGCAGUGGCCAAACACUCCCCCGAGCUGUCCCAGGCGGUGGUGGCCUGUGGGGGAGUUGAUGCCCUGGUUCUCUGUCUGGAGGAGUUUGACCCCGGGGUGAAGGAGGCUGCUGCCUGGGCCCUGGGCUACAUCGCACGGCACAACGCAUCGUUGUCUCAGUCAGUGGUGGAUGCGGGCGCUGUGCCACUGCUGGUGUUGAGUCUUCAGGAGCCCGAGAUGGCACUCAAACGCAUCGCGGCCUCCACCCUCAGUGACAUCUGCAAGCACACACCGGAGCUGGCCCAAUCUGUGGUGGACAAUGGAGCCAUCGCACAUCUGGCGCAGAUGAUCCUCAACCCGGAUGCCAAACUGAAGAGGCAGGUGUUCUCAGCCCUCAGCCAGAUCAGUAAACACUCGGUCAGCCUGGCAGAGAUGGUGAUAGAGGCGGAGAUCUUCCCUGCGGCGAUGGCCUGCCUCAACGAUCCAGAUGACUACGUCAAGAAAAACGUCACCACUCUGAUGAGGGAGGUGGUGAAACACUCACCGGAGCUGGCCCAGAUGAUUGUGAAUUGUGGUGCCGUGGGCGCCGUGGUGGAUUAUCUGGGCAAUUGCCAUGGAAACCUACGGCUGCCCGGGAUCAUGAUGCUGGGGUAUGUGGCAGCUCACGGCGAGAACCUCGCCAUGGCUGUCAUUCUCUCCAAGGGUUUGCCCCAGCUGGCCCUCUGCUUGUCGGAGGAGCGUGAGCCUCACAUCAAGGCGGCCACAGCCUGGUCCAUCGGCCAGAUCGGUCAUCACACCCCUGAGCACGCCAAGGCAGUGGCGACCUCCGACCUCUUGGCCAAACUGCUGGAACUCUACAUGGACGCCAGCAGCUCAGAGGACCUGCAGGCCAAAAGUAAGAAGGCUCUAAAGAGCGUUCUGCAGAAGUGCACCGACCUGCCAAGUCUGGAGCCUCUACUCUAUGAUGUUCCAAGCAACAUCCUCAGACAUGUCGUCUGCCAGUUCAGCAAGGUGCUGCCUCAUGACAGUAAGGCUCGCCGUCUGUUUGUGACCAGCGGCGGGUUGAAGAAACUGCAAGAGAUCGAGGCAGAGCCCGGCUCCCCCCUGCAGGAGCACAUCAACGCCAUCAACAGCUGCUUCCCCGAGGAGAUAGUCAGGUACUACUCCCCUGGCUACUCAGAGGUCUUGCUUGAGCGGUUAGAGUACUACCAGCCGGCUUAACACCGGUGCAAACAGCACGUGUUGAGACACUAACAUGAAGAUGUACCAUGGGUACGCCUUGGCAUAACAUGUAUGCUAAUUUAAAUGUUUUAAUUUUUCAUGUUGUUCAAAACAAAACGUUUUAAGUGUCCCGUACCUGCAGCUUGAGUUAGGACUGUUAUUCAUUGUGUUUGCCAACGUUGCCACUAUAUGUGUAAGAGACCCUAAAAAAAAGAAAUGAAUAAAAGGACAUUUUAUGGAGCUGAAUGAAAAAGAUUAUCUUUAGCCUCCGUUAAAAGGUCAAAGGUCAGGUUCAUCAAUGCAGCCCCAAAGAUGGUAUGGAACGAGCGCGUCGCAGAGACACCUCGUUAGGCCGGAGGCUUCACGAGUAACAACCUUUUAAGUAAAAGAACCGGAAGCGAAGCUCAUAAGCCGCUUCCUUUUUUCAUCGCACACAUCGAACACGUUUCUCCACCCGUCUACUGUCGCACGGCUCAUUCUGCCCCCUGGCGGCGAGGACUCCUCACUGCAGCACAACGCAUUGUGUGUGCCUGUGCGCGUGCGUGUGCGCGUGUGUGCAGCAGCAGCUGCAGCGCACAUGGCAAGCCUCCCUUUGUUUAUUGUCUGCUGGUUUGUCUCCGCUUGUUCUUCGCAUCGUCCUGACGGUGCAAAUGAGCCUCCGCCUCUUACCGCCGCCGCCGAGAUUACAACUUGGUCCUGCUGCAGCUGCCACCUCCUCACCCCCACCCGCCUCCUAUGUGUUUUACGUCUGCGUUGCGUUUUUUGUUUUGUUAAUUAAGCACAUUAUAAAUAUGUUUUAAUAAGUUAUUAUGUUGAAUACACGUAUUACAAAAACUGUCGCGUUCAUCAGGCAUUAAUAAUCAAACCAAAACCAGAUCGAAAAUACGAUCCCCGCAUCUUAACCGACCCUGUAGGAGAGAGGUGUGCAUUGAUCUAAUGAAGAAACGGAGUCUGCUGCAGAACGAUAAGCUGCUUUUUUUCCUCAGUGGAAGGAAUUCUUCGCUCACUUACCUUCUUUCUAUCAGUGAAUUGGUGUUGGAAGGAAAUGCGCGAACCUGCGUCUCAAAUAAAUAUAUUAGGAAA